ACUUUUGACUCCACGUGCAGCUGCACAUUGACAAAAUAUCUGUGCAAAAUAUUGACAAAUUAACUAAAUAAAUAUCAAAUCAAUUUAUUUCUAAUUGAGACUGUUCGGUUGUUUAGUUCAUAAAAUCACAUCAACAUCUGAUUUCGUCCAGAGUUCAGAUGAAGUUCACCCCAAAGAAGGGGGGCCACUCGCCCCACACGAACACACGUUCAAACAGUGGGUUCAAGCAAAUACAACUGGGAGGAGGAAACCGAAACAAAAGGGAUGGAUUUAUUCGAAAAAAUAAACAUUUCAAUUCUUCCCCAGGACGAAGUCAAGGAGGAAAUAAAUUUCGAGGGAGUGGUGGCAGCGGCUCUCGGGACGGGGCUCCAGCUCAUCGUAAUUACAACCAAGGGUCCAAGAAUUUUAAAAUCAACAAUAAAAACCAUAAUAAAAUUGAUGGAAAUGCCAGCUUCAGUAGUGGGGGUAGGGGCGAUAACAAAGGUUUUGGGAAUCGAAAUGUGAAGAAUCAAUUUCAACACAAAGUGAAAAAAGGUCCAGGAUUUGGGAAUAAGACACGUUUCAAUAAGCGAGUUGGAAAUGACGACGAUUCGGAAGAAGAAGAGGAGAAGUUGGGCAACCCUAAUUUUAUUCAAGUCAAGAGGCAAGACAAAAAGAACAAGUCUGGCGUGGCGGACGAAUUAGAAGUGACUUCGAUGAUAGAACAAUUCAAGAGUUUUAAGGAAAUAAAAACAUUUGAGGAUGACGAUGACGAGUCUGAUGAUGAAGACGAUUUCACGAAGGGGGCAAAUGAAAUGGGUGCUGAGAGCAGUGGUUUGGGUCCGAAGGGGAGCAAGAAAAAAACGGGAGGCUUCCAGAGCAUGGGCCUAAGUCCAUUGGUGUUAAAAGGAGUUCUUCGAAGGGGUUACAAAGUUCCCACUCCCAUACAGAGAAAGACCGUUCCUCUCAUUCUUGAAGGAAGAGAUGUCGUGGCCAUGGCCAGAACAGGAAGUGGAAAAACAGCCGCAUUUCUGAUUCCACUAUUUGAAAAGCUUCAUAUCAACAAAACUGCUAUUGGAAGUACUACCAAAUUCCCACGUGCUCUGAUUCUUUCGCCAACUAGAGAAUUGGCAAUGCAAACUGUAAAAUUCUUUCGGGAAAUUGGAAGAUUCGUUAACCUAAAAGUUGCAACUAUUCUUGGUGGAGACUCGAUGGAGAACCAGUUUCAAGUUAUUCACGAUAAACCCGACGUUGUAAUUGCAACUCCUGGACGAUUCAUGCAUCUUUGUGUCGAGAUGGAAAUGAAGUUGGAUGGUGUAGAGUACGUGGUGUUUGAUGAAGCCGACAGAUUGUUUGAAAUGGGAUUUGGAGAACAAGUUUCUGAAAUUGUCAGGAGGCUACCAGAGUCUCGACAAACUGUAUUAUUUUCUGCAACGCUACCAAAAUUGCUUGUCGAGUUUACUAAAGCCGGGUUACACGACCCUUCAUUAAUUCGGUUGGAUGUGGACUCGAAACUCCCUGAAAUGCUAAAACUGACGUAUUUGGCGUGUCGAUCUGAAGAUAAGCUGGCGGCUCUCUUACAUCUCAUCAAAAACCUGAUUGAUGAAAAGGGACAGACAAUUGUAUUUGUUGCAACAAAACAUCACGUUGAGUUUAUCCACCAGCUUCUCGAUGAAGAAAACAUUUCAAAUUGUUACAUUUAUUCAAGCUUGGAUCCUGCUGCUAGAAAGAUUUCCAUUGCUAAAUUUAGGAGUGGAAAGUGCAAUGUGAUGAUUGUUACUGAUAUUGCUGCCAGAGGAAUUGAUAUUCCAAUUCUGGACAAUGUAAUCAAUUUUCACUUUCCAGCCAAGCCAAAACUGUUUAUGCACAGAGUUGGCCGAGUUGCUCGGGCUGGUCGAAGUGGAGUGGCGUACUCGAUUAUUGCACCGGACGAGGUUGCAUUUCUCUUGGACCUUCAUUUGUUUCUUAACAAGACCCUGAAAUUUAAUAAUUUGUUGGAUGGAAGCGCAGACAAUGAAUCAGUCCUGGUAGGAAGAAUUCCACAGGACGUUUUGAAUGAGGAAAAUGGAAUAAUAUCAAAUAUAGUUACUAUCAAAGCAGAAUUGGAAACUCUUAGCAAAACUUGCAAAAAUGGCUAUUCGCAGUAUUUGAAGAGUAGACCAAGUGCUUCGACAGAAAGUAAUCGUAGGGCUAAAGAUAUUGAAGUUAGCAGACUUCCAAUACAUCCCAUAUUUUCUGCCCAUGUUGAUGCGGAUCCAAUGGAUACAUUAAUAUCGCAAAUACAUAGAUAUCGUCCGCAUUCGACAAUAUUUGAGAUUGGUCCAAAAGCUAGCUCUGAGACAAAUAAAAUUAUGAAGAUAAAACGAAGCAAAGAUCAACGAUCUGUAGAAAAGUAUCGCACAACAAAAUUGAAUUCUCAGUCCAUUUAUGGUAUUGGAAGACCUGACAAGUUACAAAAGAAGGACGUGGAGAAUUUUAUACCAUAUCUUCCAAAGGACCAUUUAACGGAAACAGGAUUGUCCGUGGGAACUACCUUCGACAAGCAAAUUCAAGAGUCCGUCAUGGACAUAACAGGGGACGACUCAGACAUGCUGAAAGCACAACGGAGUAUCAUGAAAUGGGAUCAAAAAAAGAAGAAAUAUGUUUCAACAGGAAAAGAUCUCAAGGCUAAGAAAAUUAAAACAGAAUCGGGUGCGUGGAUCUCUGCAUCGUACAAGAGCGAUCGAUACAAAGUUUGGCAAGACAAAUCUAAACUACAACAACAGUCGGAGUCCAACAGUGAUGAUGAUAAUAGCGACGGCGAUGAUUUUGCAAAGAAAGGUAGCAACCCUGCAUUCAGACAACCUGCUUUUUCGAAACGUCUCGUGAAAACCGGAAAGAACGAUGGACCCAGCGGUGUUAAUAAACAGAAAGGAGUCAAAUUUAACUCGGAACUGAAACGACCCGAACAAAUUCUGAAGGAUAGGAAAGUUAAAGAAAAGAAACGGCUGAAGAACCAAUCACAGGCUUCGAAGAAGAAGAAGGGACGAAAAGGGGGACGAGGAGGUAGUCUCGGUGGAGGAGGCAAUAGAAAGAAAAAAUAAGUCGUUAGUUAUUUUAAUGACCAUACAUUAACUUGUAUUUAACGUGGAGCUACUAAAUAAACAAAUUCAAUUUAUUUUUCAUUAUA